AUGACGUCGCCUGCCUGGCUGUCCGACUACUCCACCGCCCUGCGUGCUCGCGACCUCCGCGAGAAAGCGCAAGAGGCCCACAUCAACGCUUACACCAAGCUCGCCGACCGCACCGCCCGCCUCGAAGCCGAGCGCCUCUCCGCACCCCCACCACUACCCUCCCCAACAACCGCCAAACCCACCACCACCAACAAACCCAGCCCCUCCCGCUUCGGCCGCUCCAGCCCCGCCUCCACCUCUGCCGACCCAGACCCUGCCCCCACCACCGACGCCCUCUCCCGCCUCCGCGCCGACCUCGCCGCCACGCAGACCUCGCGCGCUAGCCUCUCCACACAACUCGCCUCCGCAACCGAAGCCCUGGCCGCGCUGAAGACGCGCGCAGCGCGCGACGAGAAGGGGCUGGCGGAAGCGCGGGCGCGCGUGGCGGCGCUGGAGCGCAAGCUGCGGGACCGGGAGAGCGAGAUCAAGGGCAAAGCGCGGCUGGUCGAGGACGUGCAGGACGAGUUGGUGAGCGUGAAUCUGCAGCUGAAUAUGGCGGAGCAGCGGAGCGAGGAGCUGGAGCGCGAGAAUAAGGAGCUGGUGGAUCGGUGGAUGAAGUAUAAGCGGGAGGAGGCGGAGAGGAUGAAUACGCAGUCGAAUUGGCGGUAA